GGAGACAAACGUGGCAGGCGUGGCAGGCGCCCCUGGGAAGCUGCCUUGCGUUGUCACUCACAACACCAUGGGCGGCGCCCCCGUGCUCGUCCUCUGGUACAAGGACGGCGCCCGUCUGCCAUUCUACACGCUUGACCUCCGCGAGGGCGAGGGCGAGAAGCGAGAAGUGUUCGUGGACAAAAGCAUGCAGGGACGAGUCCACGCUGACGAACCAGGCGCCUACCUUACCUUAGACAACCUACAAGGACAGGACUCAGGACGCUACAAGUGCCGUGUCGACUUCGAGAACUCCCCCACGCUGUCUGCGCUCGUCAACCUCACUGUCUACGUGGUACCGUCGCGUCUGCAAGUACUGGACUCCAACAACAUGCCGGUGUCAGCUGGAUUCUACGGUCCACUCGUUGAAGGAAGCCCUCUCACGCUCUACUGCGUCGCCACGGGAGGAUGGCCCACCCCGCAGGUGUCCUGGUGGAAGGGCAACCUCCUGCUGGCCAAUCACAGCGUGGUCAUAGGCGACGACAACGACUACCUUCACCAUGAGGUCAUGAACGGCGGCAUGAUGAGUCCGAGCGCCGGCAUGAGGCAAGUGAAGACGAAAUUGAUGAUACCCAAAAUACCACGUGACUUCGUCCAUGCCAACCUCACGUGCCAGGUGUCCAACAACAACAUCACAGAGCCACUCUCCACCACGCUCUCCCUCGACGUUCUGCUUCGCCCAUCGUCCGUGAAGAUCAAGUCCUCGGGUUCGCCCCUGGUGGAGGGACGGCAGGCGCGGAUCGAGUGCGUGGCCGUCGGGGCCUACCCUUCCGCUGAGCUCAGCUGGGAGAAAGUGCAAUUGGGAGAGAAAACAAAACUGCACGCUUCGUCACGCAACUUGGGCGACCAGACUUCGUCGUACCUGGUGAUAAUGCCGGAGGCGGAGGACCACGGGGCCACACUCACCUGCACCGCCCGGAACCCCAAGAUACAGAACGCCGAGCUGUCUACCUCCACCAGGCUGCAAGUGCACUUCGCCCCCCGGGUUUCACUGAAGCUCGGAGCCACCCUCGGCACGGAGCCCAUCACGGAGGGGAAGGACGUCUACUUCGAAUGCGACGUGGCGAGCAAUCCGGAGCAACAUAAAACCAUAUGGCAUCAUAAUGGAGAGAAAGUGGAACACCAGCUGAAGGCAGGCAUUCUCGUGUCCUCUAGUAACUUGGUGCUACAGAUGGUUCGCCGCACAUCUGCUGGGAACUACACCUGUACAGCUGUCAAUUCCCUGGGUGCUACGAAAAGCAAUGUGGUGCCACUCCACAUCAGAUAUCUCCCCGUGUGCGUCGAUACACCGCAGACAGUAGCCGUGGCAGAAGGCGAGGAUGUCCGCCUCACCUGCCGCGUCGACGCCCAACCGGAGAACGACCUCGAGUUCACGUGGUACUUCAACAACACCCUCGACACGGUGGAGGUGGAGCGUCAUCGAGUUCAAGUGCGCGCGGGCCACAGCUUCCUCGACUACACGCCCAGAUCAGCCAGGGACUAUGGUACUCUCUCCUGCUGGGCUCACAACACCGUCGGAACUCAAGCUGACCCCUGUCGAUUCACCGUCGUCGAAGCAGUGCGACCCCCCGACAGCGUGGCGAACUGCAAGCUAGUCAACCUGACGGUGGAGACGCUGGAGGUGGAGUGUUCGCCAGGCAGUGACGGCGGUCUCCCCCAGCGGUUCGAGGCGCGGGUGUUCGCGUCCCCCACCAACGCCCUGGUCACCACGAUGGUCGAGGACGCCCCCAGGUUCCACGUCGGGGGCCUCACGCCGGGCCAGGAUUACGUCAUCACCGUCACCGCCGUUAACGACAAGGGCCCCAGCAAACCCCAGGAGAUCGAUGCGGAACAGGAUGAGGAGUCUUGGGAUUCAAGAUUAGAAACAGGUUGCAAACACGUUCUGUGUCAUCCCUCUCAGAUGGACUACACCAUGUGUUAA